AUGGCUUCUUUUUACUACUACUGCCUUCUUCUAGUUGUAGUGUUGCUGAGUGCCGCGGGCACAUCGGGCCGCCCCAACGUGGAUAACGUUCCAGAGUUUGCCCGGUGGCUUGUCCACAAGGGCAAGUGGGGGGUGAUCUCGUUCAACAGCCCCGUGUUUGUACCCCAAGGGUACAUUGCAUCCUACGCGGAUGCAGGCACGGGGAGCCCCUACUUCUACCUCUCCACCCUCGACCCGGUCGGGAUGGUUGUCCCCACGGACGCCCGAGGCAGCCUCACGGUCAGUGAGAUCUCAUUCGACGGCUGCGGCGGUCAAGAGGCGCAGAAUCCCUCCUGCGCCAAGAUCUCUCUCUCCAGCGAGUUUCAGCUUCUCAUGCUGCCGGGGGACUCGGAGGAGGGUGCAAAGGCGGAGCGGGCUUUAUUCAAAGCCCACCCCUCCUUCUCCGGCUUCCCCAAGAUGAACCGCACAUUUGCCGUCUACAAAUUGAUUGUUGACGAGAUCUUCCUCGUCAACAAGAUGGCGCCGUCCCGGUCCCUCUCGGUGGAGGAAUACUUCGAGGAUUGA